ACAAAAAAGAAACCCAAAAACCCAAAAACAAUUUACAACUCAUAAGUUUAGUUUUAGUUUUCAGUUUGGUUUGGUUUUUCCGGGAGGGAAGGAGUGACAUGGUAUUGGGUAGCAACAUGUCUGGUUUACCGUUAUGUUCGCCUGUUUUGGCUUCUCAACCUUGAACAACAACUACUGGACAAAAAUCUCUCUCUGGUUUUUUUCCAAAGACUUGUCCUUUAAAUCUCUCCCCACUUUCUCUCUCCUCAUCAUCUCUCUGUUUCAAAGCCUCUGGUGGCUUUUCUGGAGCCGCUUCUCCAGCGAACCCACAUCGCAUUUCUUGCCCCGACCCAGAUUUGAAUCCGGACCCGGAUUUUGCAGAUAGAGUUCCAAAGGGGCAUUGACAAGUGACCAUGUCGGUGGAGGCUGAUUGAGGGGCUUUUGUGUCAUUUGUCAAUGCCGGGAAAUGGAGGGAGGGUUGAAAUGUGAUUCGGGGGAUUUGUUGUAAGGAUUUUGGUUAAUGUUUGUUAGAUUCAUGGGGAUUUGUUUCAGUGACCACAAGAAGGAAUCCAAGUUUAUUCAGAAAACCCAACAAGUAGGAUAUGACUCUUCGGUAUCUCAACCUAACCCGGAUAGAACACCACGCGAUACUCCUUUGGUUACAAAGAACAUCAAAGACCUCCGCCAGAAUCCCGGAUAUGUCAAUGUCCACAUCUUUACUCACGAUGAGAUGAGGUUGGCCACAAAAAAUUUCAGACCAGAUCUCAUUCUUGGAGAAGGUGGAUUUGGAAUUGUAUACAAAGGAGUCAUUGAUGACACUGUGAGGCCAGGUUACACGGCCACACAAGUUGCCAUUAAGGAGCUUAACCCAGAAGGGUACCAAGGUGAUAGGGAAUGGCUGGCUGAAGUUAACUACUUGGGACAGUUCAGUCAUCCUAAUCUUGUGAGGCUCAUAGGGUACUGUUGUGAGGAUGAACACCGCCAGUUGGUCUAUGAAUAUAUGGCAAGUGGCAGCUUGGAAAAACAUCUUUUCCGCAGAGUGGGUUGUACGCUUACAUGGACAAGAAGAAUGAAGAUCGCCUUAGAUGCUGCAAAAGGACUUGCUUUUCUUCAUGGCGCUGAAAGACCAAUCAUUUACCGUGACUUCAAGACAUCAAACAUAUUGUUGGAUGCGAAUUUUAAUGCGAAGCUUUCAGACUUUGGACUUGCAAAGGAAGGACCGAUGGGAGACCAAACCCAUGUUUCAACAAGAGUGAUGGGGACAUACGGAUAUGCCGCUCCUGAGUAUGUAAUGACUGGGCAUCUAACAGCUCGAAGCGAUGUUUAUGGAUUUGGAGUAGUGCUGCUUGAGAUGCUCAUUGGAAGGAGAGCAAUGGAUAAGAGCAGGCCCAGCCGAGAACAUAAUCUGGUUGAAUGGGCUCGGCCACUCUUGAAUCAUAAUAAGAAACUUUUGAGGAUUGUAGACCCUCGACUGGAAGGCCAGUACUCACUUAAAACUGCAUUGAAGGUGGCCCAUCUAGCAUACCAAUGCCUUAGCCAGAACCCAAAAGGGAGACCCCUUAUGAGCCAGGUUGUCGAAAUCCUGGAGAGUCUUCAAACACCAGAACACCAUGACCCUUUGCUUCAAAGCGGAGAUCGAGCUGUAACUCUUUAUGAGGCUCCCAAGGGAACCUCUGGAACUCAUGCUAAGAGAGAUGUAAAUGGAAAAGAUGGUGAAGGGGGAGGAGAGGUUAGGAGAAGGAGCAACCGGGGAAAUGAAAGGGGCCACAGUGAGCCUAUGAGUGAUCAUGAUCCUCAUAGCUCGUCUCCAAGUUUUUUGUCGGCAAAGUAAAUUAUGCAAGAAGUUAAACCCCUGACCUGAAAAUGGAUGGAGGUUGAAACUGUACAAGAUAUAUAUAUAUCAACCGGUCUAUCCAUUAAGUGUCUUGAGUAAGAUUCUUGCCCCUUUGGCAAAAUUUGAACUGAAUGCUUUGUAAUUGGUUCUGUGACAUUUCUAUGGUAUGAGCUAUCUUGUACUUUAUGAUAUUAUACUUUAGCAUAGAUUCGGAGAAAGCCUCUGAUGGUCUUUCGAUUUU